UUUGUGAAACUGAUAUUAAUUAAAAUGAGCGAUUUAAAAGAGCUGCAAAGUAUAAAAGAUUUAUUUAACCACUUUAGAGGUCUCGGAGCUCAACAUUUAUUAGAAGAUGAAAAUAUAUAUGCACGAAAAAUAGAUGAGCUUGUGAAAGAAACAGAUGAGAAAUUGGAACUACUAAGAAUAUUGGAUGAAAGGAUAGCAGAGUUAGAGGAACAGACAUAUGAGAAAGACGCUAUUGAAGUGCUUGAUGUUGAAAUGAUAAGGACUAAGACACAAAGCAAAAAGACAGGAAAACAGAUCAAGAAACUAGAAUCAUUGAAUACGAGUCGCAUAAAUUUGGAUGUAACUGAAAGAGAUAAAAUUCGAUACCGAAAAGCUUUAACGAAAUUGGCACUGACAAAAAGACUGCUUGAGAUAUCAAUCAAUAAGGAUGAAAAAGUACUGAUGGCAGAAGGUGAAGGCAAAUUUAAGGUAUUUCAAUUGAAUAAAAAUAAUUCCAAAGACAAAAAUGCUGAAAUUAUAUGGAGCAAUAUGAAGCAGUGCUCGCCUUAUUCAGAUCAAUGGGAAGCACUAUUCAGCAAUAAGAAGACAUAG